CGCUCUCUCUCUCUCUCGCUCGCUCUCUCUCUCUCAGUUCAGUUCACUGCUUUUCUGAUCGGAGACUCUUUUUCAGCUCUGCUCCUAAGCUGGACGGAAGUUGGAUGGGCAGAAAUGUCCUCAUCAGAAACCCUCCUCUGGAUCACUUUGGCUCUGUGUGCAGCCACAGGAGGAUCUGAUGUUUAUUACAAGAAACGUGGACAGGAGGUGACGAUGGACUGUACUGCUAUAGACCCAAAGACAACAAGGGAUGUGGAAUGGAAACAGGGCGGUGUCCUUGUCAUAAAAAUUAAUAUCAAAUCUGGAAGUACAUCCAAAGGGAGCGCGCGUCUUACUAAGAGGGCAAGGCCAAAUGGCUACGGUCUGAGGAUUCCUUCAGUGGAGGUCGGUGACUCUGGAGACUACAGCUGCAGUGGAUUUGAUGCAAGAGGGUACCGAAUCACAAAGGAGCACAAACUGCAUGUUGUGUCAGUCUCUGUGAGUCCUUCAGACACAGUGCUGAUCUCCACUAAUGUGACCCUGAGGUGUGACAUUGGAGGAAACUCAACAGCGCCGGUUCAGUGGAUGAAGCCUCCCGAUGAUAAACCUCAUGGAAGCCCGGGCAACACCGUAACCCUGAAAUCUGUGACCUCAGCUGAUGCUGGCAAGUGGAUCUGUCAGAUCAAAGAUAACACGGUGGAGAAUAUAGAACAGGUCAUCAAUGUUGUAGGCCCUCUAAUAUCCACUCUGGAAGUUACAGCUCUUGCGGGAGGCACCGUACAUCUACCAUGUUCCAUCCCCAGUUUAAAUGGUCUGAGUAUAGACGAAGUGGGGUGGACACGUAACCCCCCUACUGACUUCCAGCUCCCAACUGUGGGCAAAGACCUGCAAUGGUCUAAAUCGAGUUCAAAAGUCAAGUUCCAACCCCUCAGCACCAACUUUACUAUGACACUGACAAAAUUAAAGCCUAGUGACGCUGGUGUGUAUGUCUGCACUCUAAAUGUGAGUGGAGGGAUUCUGACAACUCAGCUGACUCUGAAGGUUGAGGGAGGAAGCGCUCUUGCUACCGAAGCAAAUGUGGAACGCCCAGCUACUGUAGGAAUGUGGGUCUGGGUCGCCAUAGCAGUAGCCGGCGUACUUCUGAUUGUGCUGGCUGUCGUCAUCGUACUAAUGUAUCACAGGAACAGACGCAUGAGGAGAAAGGUGAGAAAACUGAGGUCUAUGCGCCAGCCUCUCACAAACAGGACUUACUGCCAGUGUGACAGGUACCAUUUUGGAGAUACAAGGUUUUGUUCUGACAGCAGCGACAUAUAGAGUUAUGAUACAUAAUUGUCUACAUGCACUUAGGCCUGUAAGACAGCCUCAUCCAGAAGGAAAGAAGGAGAGACCACCUCCACUGCCCAGAUAUCAAUAUGACGUUAUGAAUGAAUAACAUCAGACAGUUCCAUGAGAUUGGGAUUGAUAAUAAUAUAGAGAAGAAUGAAGUUUCAGAGACACCAAAAAUUAAAAAAAAAAUGCUGAUUAGUGUUCAUAAAUUCUUAUUCCUUCAUUUCAGCUUUAUCUAUUAGCUACAGUACAAUGUUAGCAUGACCAUAUGCAGCUGCAAAUAUAGCCAUAAACAAAGCUGCAAAUAAUUAUCUUUAAAUGAAUGUAAAUAUGUAUCCAUGUACAAUGAGCUCAUACACUGCUCUGAAAUAUUACUAUUAAGCCUUUCUUAUGUGUUGGAUAUCUGAAAAAAAUGCAGAUUAGCUUUUAUACAGUCUUGUUCCUGUGGCUGCUCUUUCAUUUCUGCUCCAUAUAUUAGCACCAGUGUGAUGCUAACAUAUUAGCCCACCAGAGAGGUACAGGAAAAUAAGUGGGCUCUUUUCUGAUGUCAUAUCUUUAUGUCUGUGAUUUGUAAAUACUAUAAUUUCUGGAAAGUUUGCAGGCUAAUGAUAAUGUGCCAUAUUUUUUUUUAAUCUUCUUUCUAUGAGUGUCUAAUGUUCAGCUUAGCCUGAGUCGUAGCUUAAGACGUUUUCAACAGAUAAGGUCUUUUAAG